CCCAAAAUCCUCUCAGAUACGAGAGAGAGAGAGAGAGAGAGAGAUGGCAGAGGAGGAGGUGACAACAACUACGGAACGCACACUUGAAGCAACACCAACAUGGGCUGUGGCAACUGUGUGCUUCGUCUUGAUACUAGUCUCCAUUCUUAUUGAGCAGUUGCUGCAUCUUUUGGCCAGGUAUUUCACCAAGAAAAGAAGGAAGUCCCUCAUUCAGGCUCUUGACAAGAUCAAAUCAGAAUUGAUGUUGUUGGGAUUCCUAUCAUUGUUGCUGACUGUAAGUGAAAAGCCGAUAGCAAAAAUCUGUAUUUCAAAGAGUGUUGGUGAAACAUUUCGUCCUUGCAGGAGCGUGAGUACUGCAAGUGAUGAUGAGGAAGAAACAACUUGUGCGGAACAGGGAAAGGUCUCCUUCUUAUCAAGGAGAGGAGUGCAAGAACUACAGUACUUAAUCUUUGUGCUGGCCCUCUUCCACAUAUUCUCUUGCGUCCUAACGUUCAGUCUUGGAAUGGCCAAGAUGAAGAAAUUGGAGUCUUGGGAGGCAGAAACCAGAACACUGGAAUAUCAAUUUUCAAAUGAUCCACGAAGGUUUCAGCUCACCCAUCAAACAUCAUUUGGAAAGCGGCAUCUGAAUUUUUGGAGUGACCACCGAUUUCUUCGAUGGCCGGCCUGUUUUCUUAGACAGUUCUACAAAUCUGUCUCUAAAGUGGAUUACUUCAUUCUUAGACAUGGAUUCAUUAUGGCCCACUUUUCAGAAGGAAGUAACUUUAAUUUUCAAAAGUAUAUAAGAAGAGCUUUGGAAAAAGAUUUUGGGGCUAUUGUUGGAAUAAGUUGGUGGAUUUGGAUAUUUUCUGUAUUGUUCGUAUUCUUCAAUGCACAUGUAUUCCACAAUUAUCUAUGGCUUCCCUUCUUUCCAUUAGCGAUGCAGUUGCUCGUCGGAACAAAGUUGCAGGUCAUCAUAACUAAAAUGUGCUUAGAUAGCCAUGAGAAAUCUCAUGUUGUUAGAGGAACUUUGCUUGUGAGGCCUAGUGACCACUUUUUCUGGUUUGGUCGGCCGAAACUGCUUCUCUACCUUAUCCAGUUCAUACUCUUUCAGAAUUCCUUUCAGCUGGCAUUUUUUGCGUGGACUUGGUAUAAAUUUGGUUUUAGGUCAUGCUUCCAUAAAGAGAAUGAGGAUAUUAUCAUAAGGAUUGCCAUGGGUGUGAUUGUGCAAAUCCUGUGUGGCUAUGUGACACUCCCUCUCUAUGCUUUGGUCACGCAGAUGGGCACGUCAAUGAGGAAAGAUGUUUUCACCGAGGGUGUGGUUCAUGGUCUGAAAAAAUGGAGAGUGAAGGCAAAGAAAAACCUUGCAGCUUCGAGGAACACAAGUAAUAUUUACCCUGCACGCCUCUCCUUAGACGCCUCGCUUGAAACUUCGCUGGACACUUCACCGUCUUUCGGUGUUGACGCAAGAUUCUCCGUAGAAUUUGAUCCCCCAUCAGAUCUAGAUCACGACCCUGAAUUGGUGGCAGUAGAUCAAGUACUAUAUGAUGAUGAUGAAGAAAAAAAUGUAAGACAGAGACAACCGGAGGCCGAGAUCAGGCCAAAGUUGGGCAGCUCGUUUCAUGGUUUUGAGUACGUGAGCAGCAGUACUUGGAGAGAAAAAUGAAACAUUCAAUAUUGGGAGAGCUUUUUUACGAGCUCGGUCGCCAUGUUAGCAUUGCUAUUCG